UUAUAUAAUGGUGAGAGUGGAGCAGGUUGUGUGGCCAGUGUAUUGUUGACACAAAGCUGAUAAGCCAGCCUCUAAAACAUCCUGAACAGCAGGUAACGAUGAGAGACAAGAUCAAGCUUACAGCCUCCAGCGAAGCCAUGGAGUCUAAUGUGCCCCUCCUUUUGCUGGUCAUAUGUAGUUUAAAUAUGGUCGAAGCCCAGCUGAAGCUGUAUAAUAUGCGAGCCAGCAAGCUUCCGACCAAUAUCUUUUCAACUACAGAUGGCUAUGUGAAGGUGAUAUGUGGCUCUGCUGUGCUCGGUAAAACAGCUGUUCGCAACAACGACGCUAACCCCUGGUGGGAAGAGGAAUUCACCUACUUCCAGGCUCAGGAAAAUGAUGUGCUGAAACUUGAGGUUUAUGACAGUGACAUCCUCUUCGAUGACCUGCUGGGAGUCUGCCAAAGGCAGAUCAAGGUGGGAACCUUUACGCAUGACUGCUACCUGGACAAAGGCGGGACCCUCCAUUACACUUAUACCCUUGGUUGAAAUAAUCAGUAGGCAUGUGGAGAUUUAAAUGAUGUCUGAUGUCUAUAAGCAGCCUUUAUUUACCACAUCUUAGCUAUCCGGACUAUUGUGAUAGUUGUGCAAUAGUUUUUUCAUGGUUCUGAUCAUGUUCACAUUAACGAGAAAACUCUUAAAUCUGUCUCUCCUAAACUUCAGUUCUUGCUCACCUGUUUCACCAAUCAAAAUAAAGUUUCCUGC